UACUAGAUUGACCAAUCAGGAGUUUUCAAUCGAAUGUCACCCAGCUAUCUAAUGAUACGAAUUGAAUGGAGGCAGUCUAUGCUUCCUCUAUGUUUGUGACUAUGAUUCGCGAUAAAUUUUAAAAUAUAUGGCGGUAAUUUUGUGACAAAAAGAUCGUUCACUCGAGUGUCGCUCACAAUUGGUAUUCUUUGUGUCGAAAAUCGAGCGAGAUUAAAUAACGUUAUGAUCUACUUAUUAAACAUCGAAGUGAAAUUGUUAUGUAGCAACAAGCGAUCGCGUGUAUUUCGCGUGAUUUAUUCGUGUAUCGCGAGUGUAGUGAACAUCGGGAAUAUGAUGUAAGAAGCGCGGCUGUGUUGCAUUAAUUCGCAAGUGAAGAAAUAUGCAAGCAGAGGAAGUAACAGGAUGGCAGUAACAAUACAUUGGCCGAUGUAUUAUUUUUGGAGUAAUCAACGGCAGUGUAACAAGUGUCAACGUAUCGCCCAUUAGAAGACAAUUGCGAACUCUGUUAAAUAGCUCUAUUAUUUUUAUUCAAGUUUUCCAUUUACGGAAAACAAGUUAGAUAGGAGCAGUCUAUAUUUUCCAUGCUUUGGCUCAACCUAAGGAGUUUAGGAAAUUGAGAAAAGAAUUUUAUUAGUGAAUACAAUUUAUAUCUACCGAUGCUAAAUUCAAAUUAGCGAGCGGUCUCGCGUCAUGUUUGCGAGAGGGUGCUGUCAUUGCGCACAGUGGUCGCGAGAAAGAGAGAGAGAGAGAGAGAGAGAGAGAGAUCUCCGCCGGUUUCGCUCCCCCACGCUUCCUCGUUCAUCGUCAGCGCGUUGGCUUGCGCCGCUUGCGCGUGAUGUGAUUCAGUUUCUCUCACAGUUUCCCUGACGCACCAUUACUGACCGUUACGAGGUGAGGAGGUAAUCCGCCGUGCGAGAGCUCGUCCGAUCCGCCAGUAUUCCGUCAAAGUGCCCCGUCGUCGCGCCUAUACGCGGCGCGGUGAUAAAUUUCGCAGGAACGCGUACACGGGAUACGGCGGGUCUUCGUGCGCGAGUAAUGAUCGAGUGAGCCGCCCGCGAUCACCGACAACGCACACCCGCGACGACGCAUCUCGGGACCUGUGCAUCAUGGGCCUUUGAGAGGGCGGUAUCGAGGAAACGGUGCUCUCCCGAGAAGGGAGAGGAUCGCCGUACAGGGACGAGGACGACGAUCGGGCAUAGGAAGGGCAGGGUCAGCGAAAGAAGAGGGUGGCCGCUACCCAACACCGGGAAAGGCGAAUUCGAAGACUCGCCGACUCGCGCAUACCCGUCCAACCGGCUAUCACGACCGCCAUGUUAUCCCGGAACAGCCGCAGCGGUGUUACGUCGGGCGCGCGGUCGCUGGCGCCGCUGCUCUUCUGUAUCCUCGUGCUCGGCGCGGCCGGCCUCGAUGAAUCCGAUAUAAAUAAACUAGAAACAGCGGCAGAAUCGAAAAUCGAAAAGCGGUUAGCGUCGCUAGAUAUCCAAUCAUCGCAGGAUAUCGAGGGCAUAGAAGCAGGUAGCACACCGUCGCUAAUAUGCAAGCUCAACGUGCCUGGUCAAGUCUGGUGGAGCACUGGCGGCAGGAAUCUCACCACCAUCAAGGAUCUCGAGUACUCUGGACGAUUCGAUAUAAAGAAGGCCAGCAGAAACGACACGGGCGACUAUAAAUGUUCCGCGCAGACCGCCGACGGCGAUUCGCUCGAGAAAAACAUUCAUAUCAGAGUGAUAGAACCCGGCAAAAUAACAUCCGGCGGGGACGUGAGAGCGAAAGUGAUGGAAACAGCCAACUUGACAUGUCAUAUACAUGGUUAUCCAUUAUCUCAAUUUACUUGGUUAAAAGGGAAUGAUUCAGAGAGCAGCGAGCACUUGAAGAAUAUCACUGCCGUCACGUGGAUAAAUGAGACUUAUGCCAUCUUAAUCCUGGAGUUCAAGAGUCUGGCGCGUAAAGAUAAUGGCACGUACGUAUGUCAGGCGAACGACUACAAUGGAAUAGUGAGUGCCAUGGCACAUUUGUUCGUCAUCGAUGUGCCUAAGGUCAGCAUAGAUUUCAUGAAAGCGGUCGGCGCCGGAAAUAUAUUUUUAAAUUGGACCGUCAAUGACGGUAACGAGCCGAUCAACAAAUACUUUAUUCAGCAUAUGAAGAACGGUACAGAUCAACGGCAGUACUACGCUGAGCAGAUCGGCGGCGGUAAUUCAAGUUAUGUUCUCAAGGGAUUCGAGAACGGCACAGCGUACCAAUUCGGUAUCAGUGCUAUGAAUGCAGUGGGCACAUCGUAUAUGCAAUUGGAUCCGCGAUGGAUUACUACGCUUGAGAAAGACCCAGUGUUUGUGCCAAAAGUGUCCGUGAACGGCGUGACAGAAAAUUCGAUCACGAUAGGCUGGACUUUACCGCCGUCAGAUUUAAAGGAACACGUGCAUUAUUAUAAUUUGAUGGCUACUCACGCCGAGCAGAAAAGAGAAGCGGUGUAUCCUGCUCAACCGUUCACCGUGUACGCUUUCGUGAAUCUCGAUCCGGCGACCACGUAUAAAUUCAAGAUAGCCGCCUGCAGCGAGUACACGAAGCAAUGCGGCAAUUGGAGUAUUGAAGUAAAUGGCACUACACUGGAUGGAGUGGCCAGUCCUCCGAAAAACCUCGUCGUUGUUUGCCGCUAUGACAAUAUAAGCAGCUCCAGUUUUAUGUCCAUUACGUGGAAACCUCCGGAGAAGCCGAACGGCAUUAUACAGCGUUACAACAUACAAUUGAACGGCGUGGCGAAAUUCAAAAAUGAUAUAGGACGUCUGGACAUUGAUAGUUUUGAACCACCCAGUUGGAGCGUCUACAAGAGGAACAGCACACGAUACAAUCAAAUACCUCCCAAUACAAAUUAUACGGUUCGGGUACACGGAGUGACUAGGUCUCGCACUCCUGGCAAGGACGCUGUAGGAAAUUGCACGACGCCGGUCACAGUUCCAGAUCGCGACAGCAUGAACUUGCGCAGCUGGCGGAAAAUCGAAAGUCAGACUCGACAGUUGUUCAAACUCUAUCUACCGCGCAUUUCUGAGCGGAAUGGCCCUAUCUGUUGCUAUCGCAUCUACAUGGUGAAACUGCCGCCGCAGAAAACGGUCCGUGAUCUGCCGUCACCCGAAGAGACCCAGGUGUAUUCUUAUCAGUAUGUGCACAGUUCGCCGACCGGCGGUGCUUAUAUCGUCGAGACAUUCGAAAGCGAUCAGUUGUUGAGUGAAAUUUUCCUUGGCGACGGUGAAUCAUCCAUCGGCGGCACGAUGUGCGACAAGUGCGUUGGUUUGCGACCCAAACCGGCGCCACCGUUGUUACACUUUGUCCCGGAGAUUCCGUCGACUACCGCCUCGACCAACGUGAACAGCACUACCACCAUCACUACAACAACUACGUUGUCACCAACGACAACUGCGAGCAGUAGCAGUAGCGGCAGCAUGAUUGACAGCUCAUCUACCAUGUCGGCGACGACUACUAUCAGCACUGCAAAAAUAAACGUAACUACGGCAAUUCCGGUGGUUAUUAAUGCAACCGAAAAAGCGGAGAGACGGAAAAGAGAGGACUUGCCCGUUCAAAAGGCGUCUGUGGACGGAUCCAGCGGGGAAUCCAACAUGUUAUUGCCUUUCGAUGGCUUUCUUGACGAAACGUCGAAUUAUACCGGUUUUAUCGAAGUUAUCGUGUACGAUAAUCAGAGGGAUCAAUUUCUAUCGGCUUACAGCAGCUAUUUCAAUCCUCUCUACGGUGGAGUGGAUCCUCUCAGCGUAACAGCCGCGGAGGCGACUACUAUCAGAGAAAUGAUAAUACAACUCUUCAUUGCUCUCAUCUUGACCCUUAUGAUUCUAUUUAUCGCACUUUGCAUACUAUAUAGAUUUACAAAACGUUCGCAAGAAAGGGAGGAGGUUAUAACGCUGCGCAAUAGUUUUAGACAUCUCUGUAGAAGCCUGAGAAGCAGACAUCAGCUUGUGGCAGCGAGUCCGCCGGACAUGCCGCCAAUACCCAAGAGUGAGUUGUUGCAGGCAUAUUUGGAACGCCAUCGAGACUCAGAUUACGGUUUCCAACACGAAUUCGAACUAUUACCAGACCGAUUUACGGAUAGGACGACGCGCGCAUCCGAGGCACAGGAGAAUCUCUACAAGAAUCGUUAUCCAGACAUCAAGUGUUACGAUCAAACGAGGGUGCGUCUGGCGCAGAUGGACGGUAUCUGCGGCUCUGAUUAUAUCAACGCCAACUUUGUGCUGGGUUAUAAAGAGCGGAAGAAAUUUAUCUGCGCCCAAGGCCCGAUGGAGAACACCGUAUGCGAUUACUGGCGCAUGAUCUGGGAACAGCAUCUCGAGCUGAUACUCAUGCUAACAAAUCUUGAGGAGUACUCGAAGACAAAAUGCGCCAAGUAUUGGCCAGACAAGCGUGAGACUAAGAACUUUGGCGACAUCACGGUAGAGCAUGUCAAAGAGCGUGCCUACUCAGACUAUGUGGUGCGCGAGCUAAAGAUGACACGACUAGGCGAGCGCGAUGCCCGCGCGAUCGUGCAGUAUCAUUUCCUCGUGUGGAAGGACUUUGUUGCGCCCGAGCAUCCGCACGCGAUUCUUCGUUUCAUCAAACGCGUCAACGAAGCAUAUUCGCUCGAGAAAGGACCGAUAUUGGUACAUUGCAGUGCCGGUGUGGGCCGGACCGGCACACUCGUGGCAUUGGAUUCUCUGUUGCAACAGCUGGCUGAGGAAAGCCAAGUGUCCAUUUUCAACACUGUGUGCGAUCUGCGGCACCAGCGUAACUUUCUCGUGCAAUCCCUUAAGCAGUACAUUUUUAUCUAUCGUGCGCUUAUGGAAAUGGCGCAGUACGGUGAUACGGAAAUCCCGGCAUCGCAGCUUAAGGCUACAGUCGCUAAACUUAGGCAACGAGAUAAUGGCAAGGAGAAAUGUAGAAUGGAAGAGGAAUACGAUAAAAUCAGUUCCGUAUUGGAAGAUCGUAAGUCUUUCUCCGUUGGCGGCGGAGAGGAGAAUAGAUCGAAGAACAGAAGCGAAUUGGUGAUACCAUAUGAUAGAAAUCGCGUGAUUCUCACCCCAGUCCCAGGCAGGGAACAUUCGACGUACAUUAACGCAUCAUUCAUCGAAGGUUACGAUAAUUCCGAGUCGUUUGUCAUUACACAGGAUCCACUAGAAACCACUAUAACAGAUUUUUGGCGAAUGAUCUCGGAACAAUGCAUUUCUACGAUAGUCAUGUUAUCUGAUUUAAAUGAAGGCCCACGAAAAUGUCCACGCUACUGGCCAGACGAUGAGACUAAUUACGAUCACAUAAAAGUCCGUUACAUACACAGCGAAAGUUGUCCGUACUACACGCGUCGCGAAUUUAACAUUGUGAAUACUAAGACUGACGAAAACGGAGUCGUGAAGCAGUAUCAGUACCACGGCUGGCCGACGGUGGAGGGCGAAGUACCUGAAGUAACGCGCGGUCUUAUCGAGUUGGUGGAUCAGACGUUAACGAGUGACACCGAGACAAACGGUUCAUUGGUAGUGCACUGCAGCUACGGAUCAGAUCGGAGUUCCAUGUUCGUUGCGCUCAGUAUAUUAGUCCAGCAGUUGCGCACCGAGAAGCGCGUGGAUAUCUUCACGACGACAAAGAAAUUGCGCUCUCAGCGACACGGCAUGAUCAGCACCUUCGCACAAUACGAGUUUCUUCAUCGCGCCAUCGUGAAUUAUUCGGAUCUUCACAAUUUGGCUGACGACGAAUCUGUGUCAUAAUAUUUGGAUACAUAAGCAUAAGCAAGAUUAGAUUAUUCUAAAUACUCUGUUUUGGGCGGACAUGUGCGUGAGGACGAGUUUUGUGACGAGUGUCCGAGAAUCCACGAACGUUCGAACAAACGUACUGCCCUAACCAAAGAUGAACAAGUACUCGAUGAAGAAUCAUUGACAUUAUUAUCAUCAUUAUCCUCGUCAUCAUCAUCGCCAUUAAAUCAGGCUAAUUGCGACGCACAACACAGAUUCACAUGCGAAUCUAAAGACUACUUGUACAUAAUGCAUCAGCAGACUUUACAUAUGCUGAUCAUAAGUUAACUUCAGAAGAGAGAAAUUGGAAGAGCAUUAAUCGGAGAUUAACUGGAAAUCGUUUUAUCGUCCGUCUUAUCGUACGUGGAUUUUCGAUGACGUUGGUGAAAAUCGCAAAGUGCAGUGCGUGACAACAUCAUGAAACCGUUAUAGAAGCUUAUUUUUAUCAAUAGUUUAAUAAUUCAAUCAGAGCGUAAUGUAUCUACAGUGCGUCAAAGUUUUAAAAUCGUGACCCGACAUUCUCAUCGGAAUUGUCAUGAUGAUUGUACAGCGAGGGAUUGACACAAAAAUGGACGAAUAUAGGUAUGUCUACGCAUAUACAUUCUUUUGAUAGAUAUAUGACGCAGCUAGAGCUCUGAACCGUUUUACUCUCGCGAAUCACAACUAAAAUAAAACGACGAUACACCUCGAUGUCGCGAUUAAUCGCGCAAUUCGAGAACCGGCUAAAAUUUCUCCGAGAUUUCCAUUAACGCGAAAUGUUAUCUUAGCGUCUGCUACAGAACAUUUUCCUUCAAAGUAAGCGAAACGAAGCUAAGUAAAAUACAAUUACCUUCGUUUACCGCAAAAACUUCGAGAAGAAAUGUUUCCUGUCAUAAUGAGUAAUAUUAAUGAAAUUACGCGCGUGUUGCGUAGAUUUAUAUGUUCUUCAACGAUAUAUGCGUUAUUAUUAUUACGAUGUAUUACGCAUAUCAGGCGUAUGCUGAUUUAUCUUCUAAAAGGAAAGACUGAUAGUCUUAUUCAGUUUGAAAUACGACACCUUUAAGGCACGUAUCUCGUUUGCACAACAUUGAGAUUUCGCUGUGAAUCGUAAUAUUGUGACUAUAAAGGGGCGAGAGUGAAUGACAAAAAAUGUUCUUUUUUUUCUUUUUACUUUUUAUUUCUUGGGGAAAAGUUUAUUACAUAUAUACAUGUAUGUGAUAUGCUUUUUUUGCGUGUGACGAGACACAAUCCGAGAAAAAAUGGAUAUAAGAUCAUAUAUAUUGCCAUUAUGAUCUCAUAUAAUUACAUAAGUCUAUUUUUUCUCAGAAAGGGCUAUGUUCGUGACACAAGUUGAAAGCUAAACGGGCUGGGCAAAAUAUAUCGUAGUUUUAUCCUAAAUGCAAAAUACAAAUUGUAAAAUAUUUUAUAAGAUAUAUUUCGAAAACGAGAUACAAAAGUGAUUCAACAUACAUGAUAUUUGAAAAUUUGAUUUAGAAUAAGAAAAACGAUAUUUUAUAUAUAUUCAAUAAUUAGCGCAAUAUUCGCGAAUCGCCCGGCCCUGCGAGAAGAGACGACGGCGGAAAAAAAUUGGCGAUGUCGAUAUUUUUAUGAAAAAAAAAAA